AUGACGAAGGCGGAAGACACUCGGCCUCAACCCACCGAGCCCUUCAACUCCGGUCAAGCAUUCGUGCAGCCAUCCUCAUUUCUUCGCCCCCCAAUGGCCUCUGAGAGACCAAUCGAUCGGGAAGAGCGUCAAGGCCUGCGUGCCAUUCGCAAUUUCCUGAAAGUCCGCACCAGCUACGAUGUCCUCCCGCUGAGUUUCCGCCUCAUCAUCUUCGACACCUCCCUCUCCGUCAAGGAGAGUUUGAAUAUCCUUAUCCAGAAUGGCAUGUGUCAACCCUGCCCAGCGUUCCUCGCGAGACAAGAAUGCAUCGUAUCAGCCCCGUUGUGGGACUCGAAGGCGUCAAAAUUCGCAGGUCUUCUGACUACUUCCGACUACAUCAACGUGAUUCAGUACUAUUUCCAGAACCCUGCCGCCCUCGACCAGAUCGACCAAUUCCGGCUUGAUAGCUUGCGAGAUGUUGAAAAGGCAUUGGGCGUUGCGCCGCCCGAGACAAUCUCCAUUGAUCCCGAACGUCCCCUUUAUGAAGCAUGCCGCCGUAUGCUCGAGUCGCGCGCCCGUCGUAUUCCCCUCGUCACGAAUGACAGCCAGACAGACCGCUCCCAUGUCCUCAGCGUCAUUACCCAGUACCGUAUCUUGAAGUUUGUGGCCGUCAACGUUCCCGACACUCAGAUGCUGCGCCGACCGUUAGGAGAACUCAAGGUGGGCACAUAUAACAACAUUGCGACAGCGUCGAUGGAUACACCUGUCAUCGACGUGAUUCAUAUUCUGGUCGAGCGCAGCAUUUCUAGCAUGCCGAUCUUGAAUUCAGAUGGUGUUGUCUACAAUGUGUUCGAGUCGGUAGAUGUGAUUGCUCUGAUUCGAGGUGGUGUCUACGAUGACUUAAGUCUCACCGUGGGAGAGGUGCUGAAAAAGCGAUCACCGGAAUUUCCGGGUAUCUACACCUGUUCACUCAACGAUGGACUCGACACCAUCUUCGACACCAUCCGCAAAUCCCGGGUCCACCGUUUAGUCGUGGUAGAUGAGCACUUCAAGCUUAAGGGUGUCCUCACUCUUAGUGAUAUUCUCCACUACAUCCUGCUUGAGGGUGAAACUGACGAAGUAUGA